GCGCAUGUUAGCGCAUGAUAUGUGGCAGCACUUUAAUGUAUAUAUACGGUGGUGUACAGAUCGGUGUACAUUAGUGUUAAUCAGUGUGUACGAAUAAAACGAAAUUAACGCUAGAAUAUUUUCCAAAGUGUUGAAGAAUUUCGAUCGAGAACUUUUGGAGAAAAAGUUGUAUGUAAGUACUUCUGAUUUUCAGAUCAUGGAAUAUAAUAAAAAUCGAUUAUAUUCGGAUAGACAUAUCCGUCGUCUCGUUGAAAAGAAAACAAAUUCGGAUUUGCAACGAAUUUUCAAUGAAACAAUAUCGGAAAGAGAACCUUGCCUUCGUCAAGUGUGCAAUGAUAGUGAGAAAAUAAAUGUUGCGCAAAGAGAAAUAAUUUGUCCCCCUCAAGAUUUGACACAACUUAUAUCUAAUCCAUGAGAUUGUUAACCAAAAGAGGAGGGCGAAGUGCAUAUGAACUUGCAACCAAUAUUUUAGCGAAGGUAUUCACAAACAGUUUUGCUGCACAAUAUAGUUAUUAUGGAAAACAGAAAAAGAAGCCUUUAUCCGAAUUAAAAAUCACCAAAUGUAUUAUUGAGGCAGUUUCACAUUCUUACCAAGACAUUAAAGAACACGAUGUGGAAAAAAAAAUAGGCAAUUGGUUAGCAAAUGCUCCAACACGAGUUUUGAGAGAAAGAAUAAAAAAAGAAGUAGAAGCUAAUAAAAAUAAAGAAAAUGUUAACCAAGAUGAAGAGGAAUUAGAUUCUCCGUAAAAUAAUAUAUAUAUACAUUUAUAUUUUUCUAUAUUUUUUUAUAUACAU